AUGCUGCCUGCCAUCGUCUGGAUGGCUCUGGGCAUUCAGAUCUACGCUCUUGGUGCCAUUCAUGGCGGAUCAAUGGCUGGGAAUAUUAGCUAUACUGCCCGUCUCAACACUGCCGCAGUGUCGAACUACAGAUCUGCAAUGGUCCAAGGAAUCACGACGAAAACGCUCAGCAAUUUUGGUGGCUACAGACAAUCGCUCGUAGGAGAUGAGGCUGACACGUCUCCUACUCAGGGUUUCGAUGGAAAAGCUACGGUAUUGACGUCUCCAUCUAAUGCGCAGAGAGUGAGGUCUAGCGACGCCAGCUUUUUGACCGCAUCAAGCUUCCUGUCUUCGAGAACAUUUGCCUCGGCGAACUCCGAAACCCGAACCGAGCCAGAGACCACCGCAAAGUCUCUGAGCCCCGCCAUUAAGCAAAGCACCUGGGCUGCCGUUUCACGCCUUUCUAACCCAAUCUCUACAGGGUCCGCCGAUAAACCUUGGAUCCUGGAGACCUCGGUAAUGACACACCAAAUAACUAUCACCAAAACCAUGGCACAGGCUGGAACAGCGUCAGUUGACUCGACGCCACCGGAUUCAACAGCCGAGACCCAUUCAACCCCAGUCCUAUGGUCCAGACCAACGCCAGUUGUGUCAACAAGCAUGGACUUCACUGCUCCCGCGAUCGUGACUGUGACGCAGUACACGUCAACAUCAUCUAGAUCCUCGGCGUCUGGAUCUCACUACAGCGUUGUCUCUUUGGAAAGUCUCCAAGCAGCCACUUCAGUGAUACAAACGAGUCGCAGCUCGAUACGGAAAACGGCAACCUCAUCAUACAAUUCCGUGCUAUUGUUGUCAUCAACACGUCCACUUCACUCGUCGAGUUGGUCUUCUUUCGUGACAAAGAUUGACUCCAGCUUGUCGCUCUCCAGCAACAUUCCAUUACUGCCUGCCUCGAGACAGACCGGUGCUCGGUUUUCUGAAGCUGCUGUAAAAACUUCCGGUGCCGGACCAAGUAAAGGCACACCAACGAUCGACCGAAUCCCCACGUACUCACCCUUCAUGCACACGAGCGCAGCCGUCAUUCUGCCUGAUCCAGCCAAAUUCCGUUCGUCGAUGAUACACGAGAACAUGAACAUUCCAAUUCACACGGCGACGUCAAGUGAUUCAACUGCUGCGCCCGUCACUCAGGCACCAACAUCUGACGUCACAACUUCGUUCGGGCCACACCCGGACUCUGGAAGCUCCGGAUGGACUCGUCAAACCACAUCCAACGCUUUCGGGUUGACCAACUUUGCGACUGCAACAUCAGACGGCCAAAGCUCUGUAGGUAGUGGGGAAUUCUGGACUAGUACGGUAACUUCCACGGCCAGUGUCAUUGUGCCCAAUCACGACCCUUUCACGGCCAACGCCGAUGCCGUGAGCACGGAAAAGCAGAAGAAGACCACCGUUGGUGUUACCGUCGGUGCUGUUACCACUGGCAUGGCGUUCAUCGUUAUCGUUUUCUGUUUUGCUAGCCGGCGCAGACGUCGAGCAUACUCAUUUAGGCGUGCCGCUUCGGAUUCCGGCAGCGAGAAUACGCUUGACUUUCGAUGCGCCGGCCUGGGAGCCGCUACACAACUGAGCGAGACACAAAAGUUGCAUUAA